AUAUUUUAAAAAAAUUUCUAGCCACUACCGGCCAUUACCAACGUGGUGAGAAGGGAAGACAUUAAUCACAACGGUGCCGAUAUUUUCCACCCAUCUUUCCUUGAUCUACACUUCAUCAUGAUGUAAUGAAAUAACGUCGAGUUUCAGAUUUCGCCCAUAGAAACUUCAAUCGGGUCAACUGACCAAAUAAACCGGGUAGGGAUAUCAAAAGAUCCUCUCAUCGUCCCCCAACUCGGAGACUUUGACGAGUCGUCGGAGUCGAAGUGGCCCUUCUCCUUCAUCCCGCUAUCGGAGACCGAAAACCCAUCGAAGGAAAGCCUAUAUGACCACGGCCCAUUCAAAGCCGCGUUUUUUUUUCUCUCUCUCUCUCUUUUAUUAAAUCCCAAUCCUGGCGGCCAGCUUCCUUCUAUUUCCCGUCUCUCUUCUCCUCUUUCCCCACCCCCUCUUCUCCUUCUCCUUCUUCUUGUCUAUCAUCCGGACCACUGCCGGCCGAAUUGGUUGUCCCACAUCGGAGAACGGAGUAAUUCUAGGAGAGGUACAAAAAUAGGAAGUUAAGAUACGAUGAACAGCCUCUUCUCGGGAUCGUGGAGGCGGGAAGCGGAUGGGAGCAGCGGCGACGUCCAGAUGAGCCGCAACUCGUCCGCGUCCGCGGCCGGCGGCGCCAAUCUGGACAGGUUCUUCGAGGACGUGGAGGCGAUCAAGGACGAGCUCAAGGAGGUGGAGCGCAUCCAUCACCGGCUCCACGAGUCGAACGAGGCCUCCAAGACCCUCCACGCCGCCUCCGCCGUCCGCGACCUCCGCGCCCGCAUGGACGGCGACGUCGCCACCGCCCUGAAGAAGGCGAAGCUCAUCAAGCUCCGCCUCGAGUCCCUCGACCGCGCCAACGCCGCGAACCGCUCCCUUCCCGGGUGCGGCCCCGGCACCUCCACGGACCGCACCCGCACCUCCGUCGUCGCCGGCCUCCGCAAGAAGCUGAAGGACUCGAUGGAGGGCUUCGUCGAGCUGCGGAAGAGGGUCGCCGCCGAUUACCGGGAGUCCGUCGAGCGGCGCUACUACACGGUGACCGGGGAGAAGCCCGACGAGCAGACGGUGGAGACCCUGGUGGCGACGGGAGAAGGCGAGAGGUUCCUGCAGAGGGCGAUCGAGGAGCAGGGAAGGGGGAGGGUUUUGGACGUGAUAGCCGAGAUCCAGGAGAGGCACGGGGCGGCGGCGGAUCUCGAGAGGAGCCUGCUGGAGCUGCAGCAGGUGUUCUUGGACAUGUCCGUGCUGGUGGCGGCGCAGGGGGAGCAGCUGGACGACAUCGAGAGCCAGGUCGGGCGGGCCCACUCCUUUGUCAGGCGCGGGACCGAUCAGCUUCAGACGGCCCGCAAGCACCAGAAGAACACCCGCAAGUGGACCUGCAUUGCCAUCAUCUUGCUCCUCAUCAUCAUCCUCAUCAUCGUGCUCCCCAUCGUCCUCAAUAAAAAAUAGCCAAUUAUUGCAUGAUUUUUAAUCAUAUGAUUUCAGAUAGGAUGACGAGAUCAGAUGCAUCCUUCUCCUGCUGCUCCAUCUGUUCCUUUUAUUUUUUUCUUCUAUUUAUUUUUGGAGUAUCCUUUUGUUUCUUCCUUCUAUAUAUUGCCGAUAGAUGAUGGUGAUGAUGAUGGAGCCGGAUCGGCGUUUGCGUUUUUUCUGGACAUGAUUUUGUUUGGCCGUGGUCAUUGUUUCCUUUACCAUGACUGUGAUAUAUGAUAUGAUCAAAGAGGUUUAUUUCGUUUAUUUGAGA